CCGGAGUCCUUCGGGAGUGGGUGGCAUACAAAACCAAUAAACCUAACCUAACCUAAGCUUCCCUAUUGCUGUGGGUGCCAAGGGCACAAGACCCACCUGAUGGCAGCAGGAGUUGGAGUUGGGCUUUGCCGGCCCUAACAGAGUCAUCCCUGGGGGGAGGGGGGUGUCCAGAAGGCAUCCAUCAAAGGGAGCCCCAUCCUUCCCCAUCGGUCCUCAUGCUGGUUUUCUGUACGUGGGAAAUGGGGGAGGGAGAAACGUGUCUGUUUUGCAGCUCCCCCCUUCGACUCUCUGGCACCGGGAAGCCUCUCUUGCUUGGAGGGUGCAGGAAGGCCGUCCUGCUCUGAGCCAGUCUGGGGCGGCUGAGACAGUUCGGCCUUUACCCGCUGGGUGUCGGUGAGGUGCUGCUGCGCUUCAGUGGCUGCUGGGGUGACGGGGCACCUCUCUCCUUUUGCAGGCACACCAGGCACCAGCUGCUGCUCAAGGGAUGCCUCUGUUGCUGCUCCUGGUCUCCCUGUGCCUGUCUUCUGCUCCCGGAGUCCCUGCCAUCUACCAGAGGCCGAGUGGGACUCAGCCAGCAACUCCUGCCCCCUUGCAGUACUUGCUGGAGCCCACAAACAAGAUAGUGCAGGCCCGGCGGGGAGCCUCGGUCACCCUGCCUUGCAUCCUGUGGGUCGUGCCCCAAAACUACAAGAUCAGGUGGAGCAAGGUGGAGCCAACAGAGUACCUGGAAGUUGCCAUCCUAAUCAGCAAUGGGGUCCAUCACAAAACCUACGGCCCGCUGGGCAGCCGUUCUCACCUGAAACGCAGCCACCGCUAUGACGCAUCGCUGACCAUCUCCAACCUGACCUUGGACGACGAGGGCCGCUAUCGCUGCCAGCUUGUCAAUGGCCUGGAGGACGAAAGUGUCUCCCUUGUCUUGCACCUAGAAGGGGUCGUCUUCCCCUACCAAACCAGCCAGGGGCGCUAUCAGUUCAACUACUUUGGCGCCCAGAAAGCUUGCCAAGAACAAGAUGCGCGGCUGGCCACCUACCAGCAGCUUUACCAAGCGUGGACGGAAGGGCUGGACUGGUGCAAUGCCGGCUGGGUCAUGGAGGGAAGUGUGCACUACCCCAUCCGCAACUCCCGUAAGCCCUGCGGAGGCCUUCUGCUUCGGCCCGGGGUGCGAACCUACGGGCCCAAGGACAAGCUGAAAGAUCGCUUUGACGCCUUCUGCUUCACUUCGAGCGGGCAAGGCCGUGUCUAUUUCAUCAGGGGCCACUUUAGCUUUAAAGAGGGCCUGCAAUCCUGCCACAAUGACGGAGCCACGUUGGCCAAGGUUGGGCAGCUCUACGCAGCCUGGAGAUUCUCCCAGCUAGACCGCUGCAAUGGGGGCUGGCUGGAGGACGGCAGCGUGCGCUUCCCCAUCACUGCUCCCCGCCCGCACUGCGGGGGGCUUCCAGACCCCGGCGUCCGCAACUUCGGCUUCCCCAGCAAGCUCCGGAAGAAGUAUGGCGUCUACUGUUUCUCUGCGAAGUAACAGCGGCAAAAGCCCCAGGCGGAGGCGGCCACGGCUGAAGGAAACGACCCAGGACGCCAACAGGCGCGGUUCUCCUCUGGCCAAAAUUCACCCGGAUCCCUUGACGGGGACUUCCCUUCAUCCCUUCCUGGAGUCAGAGUUGGUCCUGUUGGUCCAGGCUAUGGGGGCUUUGACCAAACGCCUGUCAGGCUGAGCACAGAAUGGCUUUGUAAAGGCCUCCAUCUCAGUGCUGGGAUUCCAAACUUUUUACUACCGGUUCUGUGGGCGUGGCUUGGUGGGCGUGGCUUGGUGGGCGUGGCAGGGGAAGGAUACUGCA